AUGGACCCCCACGAGAUGGUUGUGAAGAACCCGUUCGCCCACAUCAGCAUCCCCCGGGCCCACCUGCGGCCGGCCCUGGGGCAGCAGCUGGAGGCCGCGCCCUGCUCGACAUCCUCAGUGACACAGCCACUGCCCGAGGGGCCCUGUGCCCCCCGGCCGGCCAGCCCUCUGCAGCACCCCCAGACUCUGGGGCCCAAGGGGGCCCAAGGGGCCAAGGGGACCCCGGGGGUGGCCCUCGGCCAGAGCCAGCAGGCUUGGCAGCAGCCCAGCAACCCCUAUGGCCCCGGGCAGCGCCCGGCGGGACUGACCUAUGCUGGCCUGCCCCCCGUGGGGCGUGGCGACGACAUCGCCCACCACUGCUGCUGCUGCCCCUGCUGCUCCUGCUGCCACUGCCCCCGCUUCUGCCGCUGCCACAGCUGCUGCGUCGUCUCCUAGCCCAGACCCCGAGGAUGGCCGCUCCCCGCUCGCCAGGACGCCUGCCCGUCGGGAAGGCUGGCAGCUCGGCCGGUCCCUUGGUGUGGAGUCCCGGGCACUCGGGGACACCUGAGGCCACCUCCUCGGAGGCCCAGACAAUAAAGCAGGGUGCGCGCUG